GUUUCUGAUGGUGGUCGAGGUGUCUUUUUACCACGCAUGGACAUAACCAUCUUCUUCAGUCAGCCAUGCAGAAUUCUGGCUUUUUGAUCGCGGCUGUGGUCGCAGUUGUGGUGACUCUGACGUGGUCGACCCCUUUGAAGUUCGACGAGAACUUCCCGGUAGACACCUCGAUCUUAAUCUACAGACUGCCGUCCACGGUUAUCCCAAACCACUAUGAUCUUGAACUAGUACCGCUCUUCACACCUGACCAGGAGUUCACUUUCACAGGCCAACUUAACAUCAGCAUCUCAGUGGUUGCUUUAACAAAUGUGAUUAUUGUACACAGCGCAAACCUGAACAUCAACCAGUCAGCGACUACGUUGUACAACGUUGCUAACGAGACUUUUGUUGCCAUCGCUACUCAGACUUAUGAUGAGAAUAGAGAAUUUUGGAUUCUCAGUUUUACAGAAAAUCUUCCACUCGGAAAUUAUCGUCUUUACUUCAGUUUCGGCGGGGAAUUGUUAACAGAUAUGCGUGGACUCUACCGCAGUUCCUACCAAAUCGGAAACGAAACCAGGUGGCUUGUGGCAACGCAAUUCCAGGCUACGUCGGCUCGUCGUGCUUUUCCCUGUUUUGAUGAACCUGGUUUGAAAGCAACCUUCAGUGUUCGCCUCGCGCAUUUCACAAACCAAACUGCCCUUUCGAACAUGCCCAAUAUAUCUACUAGCGAUGCCGACGCAACAAUUGGAGGUCGUGUUUGGACGCAAUUCGAGACAACGUCAGUGAUGUCGACCUAUCUCUUAGCCUUUGUCAUUUCGGAUUUCGAGAAGCUGAGUAGCGAGGACGGAUUUUUCGCCAUCUGGUCACGGUCAGAGGCAGUUGAUACCGGGUCUUGGGCCCUCGAAACUUCGCAAGCAUGUUACCAGGUGUGUUUGAAUAUAUUGGGUGAAGAUCCCUGGCCUAAAAUUGACCAAGUGGCCAUUCCAGACUUUUCUGCGGGUGCAAUGGAGAACUGGGGAUUGAUCACCUACAGAGAGAGGUUGCUUCUUUGGCAAGAUGGCGAAUCUAGCACAACGGCUCGCGAGACCAUCAGUUCCAUCAUCAGUCACGAAUUUGCUCACAUCUGGUUCGGAAACCUGGUUUCUCCAAAAUGGUGGGAUCAUCUCUGGUUCAACGAAGGUUUUGCUAGUUUCUUGGAAUACCGAGUACCGUCACUAACUACUUGGAUAUGGCGUUAUGCUGAAAGGGCAAUCACUGAUCAACAGCUACCAGCCUUGAUUACUGAUUCUUUGGAAACGACACGUCCGAUGACCAACCCUGUAGGUAGUCCUGAUUCGAUCUGGAGUAGCUUCGACAAUAUCGCUUAUGCCAAAAGUGCUUGCGUGAUACGUAUGCUCAACCGCGUGAUGAGGGAAGACCUCUUUGAACUUGCGCUGCGAAAUUACCUCAACCAAACAGCUUUUGGAAUUUUUGAACCGAGUGAACUUUGGGAACAAAUGCAAAUCGUGGCUGACAGUAAUAGCGCACUACAAAACCAUAUGCCAAUCGCAACAAUCAUGGAAUCAUGGACAGAACAAGCCGGUUUUCCCCUAGUCACCGUUUUGAGAAACUAUUCAACUACGGUAGUGGCGUUUAGCCAAGAACGAUUCUUCAUGAAUCGCAACUCACCGACAGCUGACCCAGAAGCUCAAAGGUGGUGGAUCCCUAUCACGGUUGCUCUGGGAACCAACCCUACGCGAUGUAACAGUGCCUUUAUACAACCCGACUGGCUUCGCGCCCAAGAUAAAGCUAUUAUGAUGAACGGAUUCGCGAACGAUACCUGGGUAAUAGCAAAUUGUCAAGGGAUAGGGUUUUACAGGACCAACUACGAUACUCAAAACUGGCGGAUGCUCAUCGACUAUCUGAAAAGCACGGACUACGAUCAGAUCAAUGCCAUAAAUAGAGCCAUAUUGGUCGAUGAUUCACUUAACUUGGCGCGCGCUGGAUACAUCGACUACUCAAUCGCUUUAGACCUGCUCAGUUACAUCACCAAUGAUCUUGACUUCAUUGUGUGGCGCGCUGCCAUCACUGAUAUCAGAUACCUUAAUACGAUCCUUGUGAGCAGUGAAAACUACGUUUCCUGGCAGGGAUUUUUGCAUAGCUUGAUUUCAAACGUCACAGAAACCUUGGGCUGGGUUCCCAAUACCGCAGACGAUCAUCCUACUAGGAUCCAUCGAGAGCAAGUUCUCAAUUUGGCUUGUCAGAUUGAUUACCCGGGCGCUCGUUCCGCGGCUGAAUCUCUCUUCGACUUGUGGAUCACUAAUCCGCAGUUGAAUCCGGUUGACCCAGACUUGAGAUCAGUUGUGUAUUGUUGGGGUGUCAAAACCGUCCCUGAGACAACUUGGGAUAUAAUGUGGAAUCGGUUCCUGACAGCUAGCCUCGCCACCGAAGAGAACUUGCUCCUGCGAGGACUGGCAUGCACUGAAAAUCCGGAAAUAAUUGAGAAAUACUUGCGGCUAUCCAUUACACCGAAUUCAGGUAUCCGAUCACAAGAUACAUACACGGUCUUCUCAGCCAUUCUGAACAGUGGCCAAAAUAACGUUGACAUACUUCUGAACUUCAUCGAAAACUACACCGCAGACAUCGCUGAAUUCUACGGAGGAAUGGGUGAUGUGAAUAACAUGCUCAUUAGUAUUGCGGGUCGUAUCACCAACCAGCAACAGCUUGAAAAGUUACAAGAAGUUACCAGCUCUGAAGCAUUAGGUGCGAGCUCUGCAGUCAUCCAGCGUACACUUCAAACUGCUAAUGUAAAUCUGGAAUGGAUUUCGAACUAUGAACCACUCAUCGAGGAAUGGUUGUCUGAACAGGGCUUCAUUUCUGAUAGCACUGCUGUCCCUGUGGUUACCACACUGCCUCCAGACGUAGAAACGACAACCCUUGAAAGCGGUGCACCAGUUCUUACAUCAAGUUUAUUUCUUAUCUCAAGUUUUGUCGCUAUGGCGAUGAGUAACUACGUGAUUACUUUGAAGUCUCGCAUUUGCUCGCCUUCGAACCGCGAGUGCGAUCUUCGUCAGUUCUGCAAAUUACGUCGUCGAGGUGGAAUCCAUAUAAGAAUCUUUUUUUUUUUUUUGUCUUGUUUUUGUGAUUUGGCAUCUAUGGAGUAUUCAUGGCACCUCCUCGUCGGUUUGGUAGUAUUGGCGAUUUCUGCUGUAACGUCAGAGUCUGUGAACCGACGCUCGAGUACGUCGCGAGUUGACAACGAUGCAGACUACCGACUGCCAAACAACACAAUCCCGCUUCACUAUGACAUUCGACUUGUACCCUUCCUUGAAAAUGGAAAUUUCACGUUUGGCGGCGAAGUUACGAUAGAUGUAAUGGUUGUGGAGCAAACCUCUACGAUUGUCCUGCACGCAUACGAUAUUGACAUAGAUAAUGACACCGUGGUGGUAACAUCUGACAAUGUGACAUAUGCGAUCAGCAACAAAACCUUCAAUACAGAUCUGCAUUUUUAUACACUGAACUUCGCAACGAGUCUCGAACCAGGAAACUAUUCUAUCUAUAUUGAGUAUGUCGGAAUUUUAUCGGCUAGUAUGGAAGGCUUCUAUCGCAGCUACUACACUACGAGUUCUGGGGAAACAAGGUGGCUAGCAACUACUCAAUUUGAGCCGGUUUAUGCCCGUCAGGCAUUUCCGUGCUUUGACGAACCGGCUUUAAAAGCACGCUUCACGAUUAGCAUCGCUCACUGGCCGAACCAAACUGCUAUUUCAAACGCAGCAGUUGCGUCCACUUCAGGAGCCGAUUCUACCAUAGAAAAUCGAGUGUGGACAUAUUUCGAAACGACGCCAUUAAUGUCCACGUACCUUGUCGCCUUUGUAGUAUCUGACUUCGAAUACCAAUCAAAUGAUGACGAGUCAUUCAGGGUUUGGGCUCGCUCAGACGCUCUGAAUACUACGACCUACGCCGUCACCGUUGGUCAGGAGAUAUUGGCUGAUAUGAAUGAUUUUACCGGAAUCGACUACAACCUGUCAUUCUCGAAGAUGGAUCAGAUUGCAAUACCAGACUUUUCCGCGGGAGCUAUGGAAAAUUGGGGUCUUGUUACUUACAGAGAGCGGCUUCUGUUGUAUAAAGAUGGUGUGGCGACCACACGAAACAAACAAAACAUCGCGACGGUGAUUGCACACGAGUUCGCUCAUCAGUGGUUCGGUAAUCUGGUGAGUCCACUAUGGUGGAAAUAUCUUUGGCUCAAUGAAGGAUUUGCAACAUAUUUCGAGUACUACUCUACAGCAACCGUUGAAACGACUUGGCGUCUAGCAGAACAAUUCACGGUCGAUUACUAUCACCCUGCACUACUCGCCGAUAGUUUAGAGACGUCUCAUCCCAUCAAUGAAGACGUUUACAGUCCGAGCGAGAUUAACGCAAUUUUCGACACUAUCUCUUAUUCGAAAGCUGGUUCUGUCAUCCGUAUGAUGCAGCAUUUCCUUGGGGGGCCUGUAUUCCAGGCAGGAUUACAACUUUACCUGCAGAACAUGGCAUAUGGUGCAGCAACACCUGAUGAUCUCUGGGAGGCGCUUACAACUGCAAAUACCAAUAUGUCGAGUCCAAUUCUGCAUACGCACGUUGACAUAAAAACUGUAAUGGAUACCUGGGUGAACCAAAAAGGAUAUCCUCUGGUUACCGUGACAAGAAACUACACAACAGCUACCCAGGAAAUAUCACAAGAACGUUUCCUGCUGAAGGGUCGUGGCUCAUCGAAUGACACAACGGAGUACAAAUGGUGGAUUCCAAUCAACUUUGCUUCGCAAGCUAACAUUGCCUUUACUGCGACGGCACCAUCUGACUGGAUUCGUUCACAAGAUGAUAGCGUGGUGAUUAGUGGUUUCUCGCCUACACAAUGGGUCAUCUACAAUGUGCAGCAAACAGGUUUCUACCGCGUCAACUACGAUGAUACUAAUUGGGGCAUGAUUUCCUCGUAUCUCCAGACGUCAGCCUACAUAAUUAUUAACGUACUAAACCGUGCGCAGCUCAUUGACGAUUCGUUAAACUUGGCACGUGCUGGGUACCUCAACUACAGUGUCGCUUUGCCUGUAACCCGUUACUUGACUCAAGAGACUUCUUAUGCUCCAUGGGCAGCUGCAUUCACUGCUUUUACUUACUUGAACACAAUGCUGGCGAACUCCACAGGCUACGAAGAUUUCAAGACGUACGUGUUGUCACGCGUUACUCCGAUCUAUGAAUCCCUUGGCCAUGAGGAACUAAGCUCUGAUGAACACAUCACCAAAUUACAUAGGCUGAGUGUUAAUUCUUGGGCUUGCCGGAUGGGCUCCACAACCUGUCGGGAGAAAGCAGAGGAACUACUGCUGGACUAUUACAGUAGCUCAGAUCCAACCGAUUCAACAAUUUCUGCUGAUUUGAAGGCUUGGGUUUACUGCGAGGGCCUACGAAACGCCAAUACUUCUGUGUGGAAUUUCCUAUGGGAAAGGUACUUGGCUACGGAUUUCUCUGGCGAACAAACUCUGAUCCUAUCGAGUUUAGGAUGCAGCCAGGAUGAGGAUAUAUUGAAUAAUUACCUGGCAUUAUCAAUAUCAACGAAUUCUUCAAUUCGUUCCCAGGAUACGUCUAGUGUUUUUACAUCGGUCUACACCGCUAGCCCUAGCAACGUGGACGUGGCUUUCAAUUUCCUCGUCAACAAUUACGAGGAAAUAUCCGAGUUUUACGGUGGAAUGAAUCGUAUUGGCAGCAUGCUGCAGGGGCUAGCCUCACGGGUGGUCAGUUCUGAGCAACUUCAAAAGCUGAAGGAUUUCGUUGAAGAGAAACAAGACGUUCUGGGAGUUGCACUUACAUCGGCUCAGCAAGCUAUCGAACUUGCCGAGGAAAAUAUCUCCUGGCUAGAAAACUACGAGGCUGACAUUGUGGAGUGGCUGGCUGAAGAGGUAGCAGCCAUUGAUGAACCUCAAGACAGUGGAUCCGAACGCGUCAGCUUCGGCAUUCUUCUCAUGACCAUAUCUAUAGGUGUUAUAGGAUUUAUCUAGAACAUUUCCAAUGGCAGACCAAUGGCAAUGAGCAUUUCGAUUAGGAGAGUGGUUAUCGUUAGAUCUUUACGACUAUUUUUCAAUUCCCACUGAUUGAUGAUUCCUCAAAAAUAUUGAUAUUAUCUUUUAAAAUCCUAUACUCACGGUGGAAAUUUUUUCUGACAGUUUGUCGUCAACCCGCGAUAUUUAACUGGAUGAUUUUACAACAUCUGUAAGAUCACCAUGUUUUCAAAAUUUCAAAGAUCCAUUGAGCAUCACUUCAUGUGUUCAAACCAUAUUUUAUACGUAUAAUACGGAAAAAAGUAAACAUGAUUUCGGAUCAAUAUAAAAAAAAACUUAAUUAAAACUGAAUAUUUUACACGGCUUGUGAAAAUCAUUGCUUUUUUUAAAAUGCGAUUUUCAUGAGUACCUUCAAAAUUUUAUACCCAACCUCUGUUAUACAGAUUUGACCCAGUGUUGAAUUGAUUUUUUCAUGAAAAUACAUUUGUAUAUGAAAUAAAUACAGCAUAGUGUAA